UCGCUAUUCGUUAGUCGCUCUGCAGCUAGUCACCGUGCACCAGCGUCAGCCACUGCCUGCACAACAAGUACGUAAACGGGAAACGGCCCCAUCUGAAUCUUGACCAUGGCACAAGCACGACUGGCAACAACAACGUCACUGACAUCGUCGGCUCUGGGGCUGGCGGCGACGUCAAAGACAAAUGGCGUCGUGGAGGAACUCCUGGGCGCGGACAGCUGGGAGGAGUUCGAAAUCGAUGUACCGUGGGGCACUGUGGCAGGCAAGUGGUGGGGCUCGCGCAAUAGGCAGCCCAUAAUCGCUCUGCAUGGCUGGCAGGACAAUUGUGGAAGCUUCGACAGGCUGUGCCCCCUGCUGCCGGCUGACAGCGCUGUGCUGGCCAUCGAUUUGCCCGGCCACGGCAAGUCGACGCACUAUCCCCAGGGCAUGCAGUACUUCAUUUUCUGGGAUGGCAUCUGCCUCAUCCGGCGCAUCGUGCGCAAGUACAACUGGAAGAAUGUCACCCUGCUGGGCCACUCACUGGGCGGAGCGCUGACGUUCAUGUACGCCGCCAGCUUCCCGGAGGAGGUGGCCAAGCUGAUCAACAUUGACAUUGCCGGGCCGACGGUGCGCGGCAUUCAGCGGAUUGCCGAGGGCACGGGCAAGGCGCUGGACAAAUUCCUCGACUAUGAGUCGCUGCCGGAGAGCAAGCAGCCCUGCUACUCGUACAACGAGAUGAUCAAACUGGUGCUGGACGCCUACGAUGGCUCCGUCGACGAGGCCUCAGUGAAGAUCUUGAUGCAGCGAGGCAUGCGCCACAAUCCCACCAAGGAUGGUUAUCUUUUUGCGCGGGAUCUUCGGCUCAAGGUGAGCCUGCUGGGCAUGUUCACCGCGGAGCAGACCCUGGCCUAUGCCCGCCAGAUACGCUGCAAGGUGCUCAACAUACGCGGCACGCCCGGCAUGAAGUUCGAGACGCCCCAGGUCUAUGCGGAUGUGAUAGCCACCCUCAAGGAGCAUGCUGCCCAUGUGGUCUACGUGGAAGUACCUGGCACCCAUCACCUGCAUCUGGUCACGCCGGAGCGUGUCGCAUCGCACAUAAACCAUUUCCUGCGCGACCAGUAGGACACGCUACGGAGGGGGGAGCGGUGCUUAAUUAAGUAGGAGGCUAAUUGUAGAUUAAUUUCACUGGAUUGUGAUGACGUAACAGAUCAAAGGUAUUGUGUGGACUUGGACGUAGAGUACCACAUUUAAUAAAACCGAAAACUAAUAGGCAAA